AACCGAUUGAACCGAAUGGCGAAUACCGUUAAAGUUGAAGUUGAAAGAUUUGUUUGAAUGUGUUUUGUGCGGAAGUUUAUUCCUACUGAACUCAGUAAAUAAAUAGGUUUAAAACCUAAAGUUAUAACUAAAGUGAAACAGAAACAUGGGUGAUUACUGCAAAUCGCCGAACCCACAACAGUUUGACGAAAUAAAAGAGACCAUUGAUGAAGUAGUACAUAAUUCUUUAAAAGAUAUUGUACAGGAGUGGGAAACUAUUUAUGGAACCAGCUCGAAGGGAGUUGUGAAAGAACUUACAUCAGAACUUGCAAAAUGUCUGGAGGACUUCUGGAAACAACAGUCUUUGAAGCUAAGCGAUAUAAGAAAUGAAUGUCUCAAGAAUAUUGAGGUCGUUGGGCAAGAAGCUGUUCGCCUGGAGAGAGUCCUGGGGCUGGAGCAGCGAGUAUGCAGAGUGUCCAACAACAUACCUCUGGUGCAGAUGGAGGAGCAGCUUCAGUCUCUCCUUGACUCCUACCAGGAGCUGAAGAAGGAAACGCUCAAAGAGUAUUUUCAACUUCAGACCAAGGAAGCCGAGCUGUGUGCGAUUUUGGACAUGGAAACACCAAAGUCCAAGGUGGAACUACCUCAUAGUGGAAGCCCUCAAAUGGGCCACUAUGUUCCCACUGCGAGUGAUAUGACAGAGUUCAAAAAGAGGAUUCAAGACUUGGAACAGCUAAAGGAACAACUUGAAUAUGACUUUGAGGAAGCAAAAGCUGAACUCCGUGAGGUCAUGGAAGAAUGUAACUUUGCUCCAUUCAAUCAAAGGGAGCUAUUUGCAUUUGGUCAAGCUCAGCUUGCUAUGACAACCCAAAAUUUGAAGAUAUUGCAGAAAUCUGUAGCAACGUAUAGAAAGAAGAAGGAUGAUUUAAUGGCAGAAUCACAACGUCUUAGAGAUCAAAUCGACAUUCUCUCUAAGAAGAUGUUUAAAGACCACAGUGAAAUAAGGGAAUUCCUUUCUGAAAAUAGUGGAUUCACAGAAGCAGUGAUUAAUAGACUGAAGGAGAAGUUGAAAUCACUGAAGGAUGAAAGGAAGAGCAACUUGAAGGAAUUGAUCGCCAACAGCCGGACAAUGCUUACUGAACUGUGGAAAAAGUGUUGCUACUCUGAAGAACAGAUAGAUGAGUUUAAGCCGUUCCACGCCACCAGACUGUCCGAAGAAGUCCUUGAGAUACAUGAGCUGGAGAUUGAAAAGCUGGAAAACUAUUACGAAAACUGCAAGCGGAUAUUUGAGUUGGCAGAAGAGCAUAGAGAACUUUGGGAUCUGUUGUUGCAUCUAGAAGAGCAAGCCAACAACAAAGAUCGUCUCUUCAAUAACCGCGGGGGCUGCCUUCUAAAAGAAGAAAAAGAAAGAAAGCUGCUUCAAAAGAAAGUACCUGCUGUCAAGGCCAAGCUUAUGGCACGUCUUCAGUCUUACAAGGAAGAAACUGGCCGUGACUUCUUGUACUACGGUGAGCCUCUGGAGCUCACAAUUGAAAUGAAGGAGCUUGAAAGAGAGAGCACCAAACAAACUGAGAGAGUUCUACGGAAAGCAGCAAAUAAUGCUGACAACUUAAUGAAAUCUCGAGUCGGACAUCAGACCAUGGCGGGAGUAAAGCGACGAGCCGCGGUGACUCCACAAGACCAAACAAAAGCAAGGAGGAUUGAAACUGCAUCAUCGUCAAAGUCAACAUCUAGUGCCUCCUCAUGCAAAGGAACCUUGGUACGCAAAGAAGAGAACACAGCGGGAGUAAGAGCCUACCUCACUACUCCAACUCCGAGAAAAAACCGAAUGCCAGCCGCGAGCACUCCACAAAACGGUAGUCUGUCAUAUGAGUCGUUUCAGGAGCAUAUUGAGAAAUCUAAAUAUGCGGCGCACAACUCAACGAGAUGUGAGCGUCAAAGAGCUUUAAGACCAAAAAAUCUCAACCAGACUCGAACAGUUGUGGAAAAAACAACCCCUUUCCGAACUCCAAAAACUCCGGGAAGGACUUUCACAAAAACUCCCACGAAAACACCCUCCAAGAUCCCGUUCAGGAUUCCAACAGGGUCAAAAAUUCCCAGUCAAGUUCCCCCGGUGAGUCCCCGAAGAAAGCCAGCUUUGUCCACAACCAAACUUCCAAUCAUAUUUUGAAGUUUCAAAAACUUCAUCUUGUCAACAAAUCAUGAUACAAAUCUAGAUACAAAUGCUGCUGAAAUAUUCAAGGUUAUGUUUUUAGGAAAAAGCAUUUAGCUUGGAUUAAAUUAAAUAAAUAUAUAGGAUGGAGAGGACACAGCUAACUCACCUGAUGAAAGGUUGCAGACGAGUCAAAGAACACA